GCAAUUCACUUUGUGCCUGCCCUGGUGAGAACCGUAACAUACAUUUACGAAGGAAUACCAUUAGCUCUGGUAACAUAUGUAACAUAUUGGAUCCAUUGUUGGGCUAUUUCCUGUUUUUGGCAUGUAGAAAUUUAAUCAAUCCAUCGGCUACCCUCGCCAUGCAUGCAUUUGCGAUAUCAUUUUGCAUCAGGCAUCAUCCGUAAAUACUUGUUCGAACGGGUGAAAAGGGCAAAUUUUUCGAUCAACAAUUUCCUCAAAUUCUCUGCACGUUAUGUCGACCUGAUGCACACGGAUGCGUUGCGGUAUCUGGAGGAUGCCUUCCAGUAUGCAGUCAAGCGAGCGAUUCGCCCUUCGAUGAAACGUAACCUGAGCGCGAGACAGGAUACUAUUAACAGUAUUCGUAGUCAUAUACAGAUGAUUAAGAAAGGUCAACAUGUGGCAUGGAAUGCGUUCUUCAUGGACACAACUGCAGAAAGACAACUGGAGGCACAAACAAACCGCCGACAUGCGGCAAUUGGGGAACGGUUAACCCGGGCGGCGGAGGCAGAAGAUGGGGAACCCGGAACACUGCUGCCCGUAAAGCGGAGUCGGCCUGACUCGGAAACAUAUUCCAUGAUUGAGACCACGAAGCGGAAUAGACAAGCGCCAGUCGAAGAGGUAGAAGUCGAAUCUGGCCUUCCCGAAGCUCGUGCUGCCUCGCAACCGAUGGGCUCAAAAUUCCAUUUCAUCGUUCCGCCCACUGGUGGCCCUUUCGAAACUCCGUACAAAGGCAAGCUGGCAACACACCAGCUCAAGGCCUUGGCCAACAAUGUCCAUGUGGUCCUGUGCAAUACCAUCUCGCGUAGUGAGUUUCCAGACCCCGUCAGAGCUAGAUUCAAUGCUUAUCGGAGUGGAAAUAGCCAGCGGGCAUCUUUAUGCCAAUUGCCCAACUCCUACAAAGCACUCAAAGAGUUACUGGCUGGCAAUCAGGGUUGGGACGGCUGGGCUAGAAAGGUCUGGGCAUAUCAGCUACCGGAUGAUACGGGGGAGUUAGAUUGUCUGUUCUGGGAUAUUUGCUGCUAUGGGUUAACAACUGCCCAUGAAAAGCUUUGCGCAAUGGAUAGACACUGGCGCGAUAAUGAUCAUGAAAGGACGGCAUGGAUCGAUUAUAUCAUUCCGUGGUUUGCUCCAUUGCGGAUCACAAAGUUGAUUGAUUGGCAGUGGUGUGAAUUCCAUUACACCGCCAGAAACUUAAAUGUUCUCUCUGAUGAGGAGGAAUAUUCCUCUCGGUCGAAACGCUAUGCAGAUGGCGUAGGGUUUGACCCGGACAAUAGGGAGGAGAAGAUCCUCAUGGAGAGCAGUAGCGGAACGGCAAAGGAGGACGUUAGCCAUGCCAUGGAUGAUGCCUUGAAGCUCGUGGAGAACUCGAAGAGGAAGAUAAUGGGGGUCCAAUGCGUGGUUGACACCGUCCGAUUGACUUACACAACCAUAGGUGAAGAUCCCUCUUACUGGGAGGUCUACGAAGUGCGCAGUGCCAAGGUGCCCCAAGUGUGGGGCAAGAAAGCCUUGAUGAUAGGCAUGUUGGAACUGAUUGCGACCGUCUUCCUCGAGCUGUAUGCCCAGCAGGAAGUCACUGCACUCAUGGAUGAUGAGCUGAUCAAUGGAGUGGACUUGGAGGAGACUGUCAGACAUAUCCUGAAGAUUUGA